CCACAGCAACAAAGUCAAAAUUGGCUAUAUUGUAAAACUUAAUGAAAAAAAWAAAUAGCUUUGUUCUCUUAAUUUAUGGUUAGGCAUAAGGUCAGCAGUAGUGUGGGUAGGAUUAGGGUUAAAAUCGUUUAAAGAAGAGAAAUGGUCGAAAUAGGCGGGUUUAUGACUUUGUGGCUGUGCUAACUAUAGUGACAAGCGGUGGAUGAGAGCGAAGGUAGCGCCUGAUUUGGCACAGACAGGACGUCGGAGUAGGCUGUAUGUGUGUUUGUAGCCCAUUUACAGAACUGGGAGGUUGAGUGCUCCUACCAACGAGUGAAAGCUGCGCUUGCAUCGGGCGCUGUGAAAAUGGCGGAUGACUGCGCUAGGCUCGGUACAAUAAUCGGUCAAUGUUCGCACGGCAGACUUUGCCCGGUGAUGGAGUGUUGUGUGUACGGAAAUCCAGGAACGUGGCGCGAGCAGCUGUCAAGCUAAGCUUGUAGCGGAACGGGGGUGCCUCGAGCUUUCAAGCGAGUCGACCGCUGGAGCGCGCAAGGGCUAUAUAGCCCAGACCCCCAUUGAUACUACUGCUGCCAUGGAGAGGAAAGAGCAUCCAGUUGGAGAAGUCCUCAUCAUUCCAAUGAGAUCUUCAACAUCACUUUCGCCCCAGGAUUCAGCUCGACCCCAAACCCUUCCCCUCCAGCCCUCCUCCCCUCCCUCCCCCCCCUCUCUGUCCAGUCACCAGCUCCAGGCUGAGUUUCUGAGGAGAGCUCCCAGAGCUGCUUCCCCUGACAAUGAUUCGGCU